GUCUCUAGGGUUCUUCGCCCUUGCGUCGGGGGAGGGCGCUACUAUUAGCGCGUGAAUCCUCUCUCUUAGCUCCCUCGCAUGUCUUAGGGCCAAAGCGGGAGCGAUUGAUCGAUCGAUCGAUCGGUAGGUGGGAUCCAAUGUAGGCCUCGCGCGAUCGAUCAUGGGGCUCACCUGCAAGAUUUGCUUCGAGAGCGCCUUCUCGGCCGUGCAGCGAGCUCAGAUCACGCAAUGUGGCCAUGUCUUCUGCCAGCCAUGCGCCACGAUCUGGUUCCGGAACGAGGCGGCGUGCCCGGUGUGCCGGGCUUUCGUCGGAGAAAUCUCGGCCCUGAUCUCACUCUACGAUCAAGACGCCGGCGUCCAGGUAUCGUCGCUGGAGACUAGCUUGGAGAAGAGCGAGGAGUGUGGUAGUAGCAGCGGUGGCAGUAGCAGCAGGCAAAGGGGCAGUGACAGGAACAAGGAAAAUCACGGUGGUGAGAAGAAUGUAGGCGAGGAAGACGAUGUUUUGGUGAAAUUCGUGCUGGGCAAGGUGGCCGAGCGAUGGCAGCAAGUGAUGGUGGAGCGAGCCAAGCUCAAAGUCCAGGUAGCCGAGCUCGAGAGAGUGAAUCAAAAACUCCAGGGGCAAGUCCAUAGCUUGCAUGACGAGAACAAAGUUUUGAAGCACGCUCUUGGGAUGAGGCUAAGGUUGUCUCAGGCACCAUCGUGGGGAUUUGAGAGCGAAGCUGUGGAGACUGGGUUUGGAGCAGCACGGCCUCCACGAAAAGUCGAAGAGAAUCUAACCGCGACGAGCUGGGACGUUGCUCGAAAGUUUCUCGUGCACUCGGCUCCGGUGCAUGGGAUUGCCGUGAAUCCCUCGGGGAAUUUAGUAGCGACGGCCUCUUGGGAUCACUUUUGCCGGAUCUAUGAUACGGACUUGGAGAAGGAGGUCGGUGUGCUUUCUGGACAUAUGCUGGGCCUGUAUGCCGUGAAGUUUUCUCCCGUAAGAAGAGAUCUCGUAGCAACGGUGAGCUCGGAUCAGACAUGCCGGCUUUGGAGCUUAGACAGUGGAGAAUGCAUUAGCGUUCUCGAAGGUCACAAAGACGAGGUGAAUGGAUUGUCAUUCAAACGAGGAACUAACUUACUAGCUACAGCUUCUGACGAUACCACUUGUAUCAUAUGGGAUGCCGAAAGAGGAGUUGCGGUGACCGCUUUGAAGGGUCAUCGCAACACGGUCUAUGGAGUUUGCUUCCAGCCAUGCGGCCAUUUGAUUGCAACCUCUUCCUUCGAUUACACAGCCAAGCUCUGGGACGCCAGGUGCAGCAAAGACGUGCAGACAAUUCGUGGCCAUGUUGAGGACGUCAUUGGUGUAGACAUCGAUGACUCGGGAUGGCUGCUAGCCACUGGAAGUGAUGACAAGUCGUGCAGGAUAUGGGACUUGAGAAUGUGUUCUCCGCUAGCGGUGUUGCAAGAGCAUUCCGGGGAGGUGAAGCGCGUCGCGUUCUCUCCAUACGGCAGAUUGCUCGCGACCACCUCUGGUGAUACGACAGUCCGGCUGUAUGACACUGCCACUUUCGAGUGUCUUCACAUCCUGAGCGCUCAUAGCGAUCAUGUUUUCGACGUUGCCUGGUCUCCCACGGCGGAUUUUCUCGUCACUGCCAGCCACGAUCGGCUGUGGAAAGUGUGGAGGCCAAGAACAGCCGGCUUCUCGCACGAACAGGUAUUGAGAUUGUAACACCUUUUUCCUGACAACCUUUUAGUGUAUAAAAAGCAAAGAUCUUAAUCCAAGAACAGAACAUUCUAGGAAAACAGCAAAGCUCUGGAUUGGAGAAAUUUAGCUAAAACUAUACGAUUUCAAGUUUUCAGACUUGCAAAGUCUCAGGAAGCAUGACUAGGAACUCGUUGGGUGCAAGCCGGUGCUGCAUGCAAAGAAAGUUGAUAUUAGAAACAAGUUUCACGAAGACAAGGGCAAAAUGUAGCUCAUACUUCGCCACC